CCGCGCCCCUCCCGCGCCUGCCGCCCCUCCGUCGCCGCUGCCAUGGAGGCCUUCGUGGACUUCACCAACCGUAGCCAGGGCCGGGACCAGCUCUUCCGAGCCACUCAGUUCACAUGCAUGUUGCUUAGCUAUCUAAUAGAGCAUAAGGCUGAUAAAGAGAAGCUGGUAAUGAAACUCAAGCAGUUGGAAUCUAGCAUGAGUUCUGGCCGCAAAAUGUUCAGGCUGGGCAACGUGGUGCACGCCUUGGUGGCAGCCAGGAGGACGACACAGCUGGCAGAUGUGGUUCCUUGCUUCUGCCUCACAGCCUCCAACCUGUCCCGAGCCCUCUACUUUGUCUGUGACACGGUCCUGUGGCUGAAGAGCGUGGGGCUGCGGCCCGACAUCGACAGCCCCAAGUGGCACGGCUGGGCCACCAAGUGUUACUACAUCUCACUGCUGCUGAACCUGGGCAGGGACUGGUAUGAGAUCUCCUGGAGGCUGGAACAAGCCAUACAGGAAGAAAAGGUGAAGGAGAAUUUCUGCCACCGGGAAGUAGGAUGUGUGAAAUCUGAGGGUUUCCCUGGGUUCCUCCUCCUGCUGUUCCAGGUGCUGAAGAGGCAUCCUGCUCUGCUGCUGGACUUGGUGAAGAAUCUCUGUGACCUCUCAGGCCCUCUGGAUACAUUGGGCGUCUACAAGACCAACCCAGGAGUGAUUGGUUUCUGUGGGGUCCUCUCCUCCCUUGUGGGGAUCCUCACACUGGCAAGGCCACACCUGAAGCUGAAACAGUGACUCCAAGUAUGCGGCGAGCAAACAGCGCUGAUCUUCUGAUAGGUUUUGAUCCUUCCUGUGGCACUUUGAAAAUCCACAUGUCUCACAGUAACUUCCAGAUUGAUUUUGUCCCCUGAAUAAGUGAAUUCUGCCCUUUUCCUUGCCCUGUGUCAUUACAGCUGAGUUUGGUGCUAUGACACGUUAACCUGAUGGGGAGAAGACAGAGUGAUGUUUCCCAAACAGAAACAGGACUUGGAACGUGGCUGCUCAAUGAGGAGAUGUUGAUGGCCCUCUCCUUUAGUGCAGGGUUGUGAAAUAACUGCAUAGAUACUGUCCUAGGGGUAUGACUCAGAACUGAUCGUGUUUGCACUGGAAAGCUGGAAUUCAGGCCAAGGUUCCUGCAUUCAGAUUUUCUACAGUGGGCUCAGGCAGGUUAGGAGCUGUGCUUGCAGUGGCCUGAAGUCAAGUGUGAGUGUUCUGAAGGGUUUGGGUUGAUGGACCUGUUCCCUGCAGGCAGUGGUGUGAAUGCAGCGUGCUGGUUGCUGAGGAGUGGUGGGAUCUGACCUUCUGCUCAUCUGCUGGAUCUGCAGUCUUGUGAGAGCCAGCUUGUGCCCCAGGAAAUCAGCACUUUCUUCUUCUCCUUUGAUAAUGUGAGCCAAGGGCCUGUUGGCCACCACCUCUGGUUGCUGCAGUGGGCUAUGGCUGAGGGGUUUGGUGGAGGACAGUGUGUGGAGCAGCUUGUCUGAGUGCUGAUGAUGCUGUGGUUUGUAGGGAAGUGGGGUUUCCACAGCUGUGAACCUGGAAGCACUCACAAGCACUCGACUUCCCAUCAGGUGUGUGCCUGAGCUCCCUGUGACUCCAGGUACACCCACCUCCCAUUAACCAUACUGUGAUGAGGAGCUUGCUCUGUGGUUUUGAUUUUACAUGAAAAAUCCCAGUAUAAUAAAGAGCUCUGGAACCUGGAGUUAAUGAGAGAAGCCUGGCUCAGAGCUCACUGAGUCAGAAAAACUGCCAGGGUGUGUUUCUAGUUGUGCAAGCUCCCAGUGGGGGAAGGGAACAUAGUUGGUGGUGCUGUCAGAAUCCCCAUGGAGAAGAAAAGCUCAUUACUGGAGCUGGGCAUUCAUGGGUUAUAUUUUCCUGUCUAGUCCUCUCUUUCCUCCCCUCUCCCAUGGCCACAAGGCUUCUUGUGUGUUCCCUCACUGCUUGAAUGGGUUCUACCAUUUGAAAAUGCCUUAAGUCUGCCCUGCAGCUGCAUCCUUGCUCCUGGCUUACCCUUUGCCUAGCAGUGUCACCUAGGUGGAAGGAGCAAUGUUGUGUCCAGCUGUCUUAACAUGGCAGGCAGUCCCUGUUGCUCCUGGCUUGGCAGAGCACCAGUUCUGACACCAACAUUUGCACAUUAUAUGGGAGUGGUCCUUGUCCUUCAUUAGGGUCAGGCCUGUGUGUUCUGCUGCUUUCUGAUGCAAGGUCUCCUUGUUUAAUCUCUUGGGAGAUUUGAGCAGAGACUGCUCUAAGCUGGGCUCAGGUACUCUUAUUAAGCCCUGAUGUUGUCUGAAAACAGAAAUGAAAAGGUGCUGGUCUCCUUUAUUAAAAGGUGGAAUUGAGGAGGCUCAGUCAGUGCCCCACUUUACCUUAAACUCUUGUGGUUGGGCUUGGAAUUACUUCCAGCUUGGAUCUGAAGUGUGAGCCUGCCAAAGAAGUGUUUGGAAAAAGAGGUUGCUGGGCAGGAUGAUAAAGUGUUCUUGAAGACCAAAGGUAGCCUGCAGCAGCUCCUCUUUUUAGCAUGGAAGUGAAUACCUCUAAAAGUAGAGAGUGCUGGCAGUUCAUACCAUAAUGGAGCAUCACUUAGGGGAUAUUUGUCUUCAAGGGCCUCCUCUCCUUUUUUAACAGUGGAAUUUGUUGUUGUUGUUGUUGUUCCUUUGCUCCAUUUGCCUUUGAGCUGCUGGCAACGUGCAGCCCAGCCCUCCCUGGUCAGCUCUGAUCAUUAUCCCAGCCUGUGGCAACCCCUUCUAAGGAAGAAAGAGGAGUCUUGGUGAUCUGGCAGCAGAGCUUUGGCCUCCUUUGGUCUCCUGAAUUUGAUCUUCUUGCAGAAAAUGAUGUUUUGAAUUCCUCUGGGGGACCUGCUGGAUACAAAACCCUUCUUUCAGUAGUUUGCAAACUGAUUUCUCUUUUUCUCUUGUACUUCAAAGGUAAAGGGAAAUUCAUUACCACAGUGAUGUGGUCCCUACCCAGCUGCACCUCCCUGUGCCUGACAAGGAGGAAGGGUG